AUGGCGGACCUGAAGAGACAGGUUGUUUUUCUGCAGACCCAAUUGGAAGACAAAGAACGAACCGUGCAACUGCUGCAGCUGCAGAUGACCAAGUACUCACAAAAUAGAACCAAUGGGUUGCAAGGUAACCAAAAUCAGAACCAGGUUCUGUCCAAUUUACCUAUUAAUGGCGUUUCUGAAGAUAAAGCAGUGAAUGCUGCCACACAAACCGAAAGGUUGAGACCAAUGUCUACUGGCCCGACUACAUAUCAACAACUAGGAGAAGCGAAUGGAUUAUUGAGGUACUGCGAUCGCUACAAUCAGUUGUUGUGUAGUAUAUUUUUCAAAAAUUACGAUUUUAAACAUUUUUGGAUCAGUUUUUCCCAAAAUUUGAAAACAGUUUUUAGAGGACAUUGGAUAUUUUAAUAAUCAGUUAUUUAGAUUUUAUUUUAACGUUAAAUUUGUUAUGUUAUUUAUACUACUAUGGUUUGUU